AGAAGUUGUUGUCGAUGACCGACUUCCCACCAAAAAGGGAAAGCUGUUGUUUGUGAAAUCGGCAGAACAAAAAGAAUUCUGGAGCGCGCUCCUGGAGAAGGCUUAUGCUAAGGUGAACGGCUGCUAUGAGAACCUUUGCGGAGGUCAUGCCAGGAAGCACAAGAGGAUUUCACUGGAGGGAUUGCUGAGUGGUUCUCACUAAACAAUGCUCCAUCUAACCUGUUUGAUAUCAUGAAGAAAGCGCUGAGUCGGGGCUCUCUUCUGAGCACGUCCAUUUCUGUCAUUGAUGAGGUAAAAGAAAGAUUGACCAAAGAGCAUCUGUUUGGAAAGCAUGCCUACUCCAUCACAGAUACAAAGGAGGUGCAAGCAAAACAUGGACGGUUCAAAUUGGUUCGUCUGAGAAAUCCCUGGGGUCACAAAGAGUGGACUGGUGCCUGGAGUGACUGCUCCAAAGAGUGGAGUCAAGUUUCACCCGAAGAUAAGGCCAAGCUUUGUUACUCAGCCGAUGAUGGAGAGUUCUGGAUGUCAUAUUCAGACUAUAUUCAGAGGUAUUCCAAGCUGGAGAUUUGCAACUUGACCCCAAACAUGACCAUCGAUGGUAAUCUGGGAUGCUGGAACUUUUGCCAAUUUGAAGGCACAUGGAAAGUGGGUGCUACAGCUGGGGGCUGCUUAAACUUUCCAGCUACAUUCAGCACAAACCCACAGUUCCGGGUAAAACUGGACAUUGACAGUCAGGGUGAUGAUAAAUGUUCAGUACUUAUCGCACUGAUGCAGAAAGGUGCACGCAAAGCAAAACAGACUGGAUUUAAUGGCUGGAAGAUUGGCUUCUACAUCUACAAGGUUCCAGACAAGUACAAGGGAAAGCAGAAUGUUCUCCUUGGAUGUGAAGAUCUGCAAAGAUCUGUGGCUAAAAGUGACAUCACAUUGAAGCGUGAGGUGUAUCUGCGUUUCGACCUUCCACUUGCGGAAUACGUCAUCAUUCCUGCUACCUCCGAGCCGAAUCAAGAGGCCAGCUUCCUGCUGCGUGUGUUUUCAGAGAAGUAGACUGUCUGACGGAUACUUAAUCAAUACAUAAUAACCUUUAACCAACAAAUACA